AUGGAUAACUUCAAGAAUCUCAACCUGGGGUCGACCUUCAGUGGGUUUGGGAGCACUGUCGGCAACUUUGGGUCGCAGUUCACCCCCUUCGCCUCCCGCACCUUCCAGUCGACCAAGGAGAUGCUUGGUCAGACAGACGACAAGACCCAGCUCCCACCCGACUACAUCGACCUGGAGAAGCGUGUCGACGCCCUGAAGCAGGUCCACCAGAAGAUGCUGGCUGUGACUAACCAGUACUCAAAGGAAGCCUACGACUACCCAGCCAAUAUAAGCGAGACAUUCAACGACCUCGGUCGCACCGUCAGCGAGAAGGUCACUCUCCUUUCCUCCGCCUCGUCGCCCGCCGAGGCCCAGGCCGCGCUUACUGCCCCUCCUUCCGCGAAGCCCCAGCCCAAGACGUUCGCCCAUGCCAUCGCCCGCGCCUCUCUGGCUAGCAGCCAGCUCCUGCAUCAGCAACAUACCGGAACCGGCGAUGACCCGCUUGCAGCCGCCCUUGAGAAGUUUGCCCUGGCCGAGGAGCGAGUCGGCGAGGCCAGACUCGCCCAGGAUGCGCAGAUCCAAAGCCGCUUCCUCGCGGGAUGGAACACCACGCUGAACACCAACAUCAUGUUCGCGACGCGCGCGCGCAAGGGAGUCGAGAAGUCGCGCCUGACGCUGGAUGCUGCCAAGGGGAAGGCCAAGGGAAACACAUGGAAAAUUCCCGUGCCGGCUGUCGCCGCUGCCCAGAGCCCUAGAGCUGAGACGCACGAGGAGGCCGAGAUCAGCCCUGAGGCGCAGGAGGAGAUUGAGAAGGCCGAGGAUGAAUUUGUCACACAAACCGAGGAAGCUGUUGGUGUGAUGAAGAAUGUCCUUGAUACACCUGAGCCACUCCGCAACCUUGCCGAGCUCAUCUCCGCCCAGAUGGAGUACCACAAGAAGGCCUACGAGAUCCUCAGCGAGCUUGCGCCUACUAUCGAGGGUCUGCAGGUCGAGCAGGAGGCAAGUCGCGCCUCGGGUUACUCGCUGCCCUGA